UAAUUACUUUGUUAGGGUUCAGAAUUCUUCAUAAAAAGAACUCCAUCAUCACGGCGUUCCUACCAGCAAAUCUCCGAUGAAUGAUCUUGAAACUAAACGCAGUCGACUGUCAGUCCCAGUCCCCCGGGGUUCUUCUGAAAACUCAUUAAGCAGAAAUCUUGAAACCCAACAUCACAGCGUAGUUCUCUCCAAUGACCUUACCGCAGAAAUCCUAUCAUUACUUCCACUUGAAUCUCUUAUGCAACUAAAAUGCGUCUGUAGGUCAUGGAAAACCAUCAUCUUCGAUCCCAUCUUCAUCAAAAUGCACCUUCACCAAUUUCAACAAAACAAACGCAUCAACGUCAACGAAAACAUACUAAAAUUUAUUGGUUCCCACAACGGAUUACUCUGCUUGAUCAAUGAUUCUCACACCGCUGGUCAUGAACAGAUCUUGCUUUAUAUAUGGAAUCCAGCAACUAGAUCAUUAUCUAACGAAAUAGUGUUUUGUUGCGAAGAGGCGGGUUUCUGUCCUUUCUACGGUCGUCCUCGUCAACGUUCUAGCUGGUAUGAAUAUAGACGUCGUUGGAAGUUUUCUUUCUGUUAUGAUAAUUCAAAUGACACAUAUAAGAUUUUGGCAUUCCGUCUAAUGAGUAACGAAGUGAGACUUUUCAGUUCUCGUGAUAAUAUUUGGACAAAUAUUCAACGUCUUCCUGUGGUUCCUAUUGACUAUGGCGAUUUAUUCCAUGGUCAUUUGCGUAUUAAUGGUGCUGUGUGUGUGAGUGGCACUAUUAAUUGGUUGGCGAUUCGAAAUAAGCCCCGAUGUAUAUAUGAAGAUGAAUGGAGAUUUAUUACUAUCGACAGAUUUGAGAUCAUCUCGUUUGAUUUGAGUACCGAGACAUACCGGCAGUUGUUUCUCCCUAAUGGUUUUGAUAAAGUGCCACAUGCUGAACCGACUCUUGCUGUGUUGAUGGACUCCCUUUGUUUUUCUCAUGAUUUUGAUGGAACUCAUUUUAUUAUAUGGCAGAUGAAGGAAUUUGGAGUUCAAGACUCUUGGAAUCAGUUCCUUAAAAUUAGUUAUCAGAGUCUUCCAAUUGAUUCUAAUGUCCUUAUUGACUUGAAGCAAUAUGGUUCUCGAUUGGCCUUGCUUCCAUUGUGUCUUAAUGGGAAUGAUGAUACAUUGAUAUUGGCAUGGAGUAUUGAUAGCCAAACACUUCUAUAUAAUUUGAGAGAUAACAGAGUAGAGAUAAAUAUAACUGACAUUAGCAUUGAAAUUGAGUGGCUUCUUGCCAAGGAUUACAUUGACAGCUUGGUUUUGAAUAGACCACAGUAUUUCAACUAUUUACUUGUUUGAUUUUAUGUUAAUUCAUUAUGUUACUUUAAAGUUCUUGUCAUUUCACAAUAAUUUUAUUGGCUUUGGUCUAAUUCUUGGUCGAAACCGGGUUAUUGUUUUUUUAGAGUAACUUGUAGUCUAUUAUUUUAUAUGCUUCUGUCUGUUUAUGUUCUUUGAGGACAAGGUUCGACGAAGUCGUGAAAUUCCAAAGCGAUUUCUUAAAAGACUUGCUGUGUUUCACAUUUCAAUGCCCUUCUUGGGAUUGUGAUAUGUUUGAGCUUGGCCUUAUCUGUUAACACAUUUUAGAGCCUGGCCUUAUCUGUUAUCACUAUGUUUUUUUAAUAGUAUGUGUUUGUUUAUAGAUGGGGCCAAUCUCAGAAAGUUUUGUACUCAUAAUAUGUUUAAAGGCUUUAGUUGAUAUUUCAAGUA